UUUUCCGUUUAUUAGAAAUUUUCUUAUCUUCAGCGUAAGUUAUACCUAUUUAUCCUAUUUACAAAUUCUUAAACAAAAUUCUAUUAUUUCUAGUUAUCUUCCUGCUGCCUUAAUCGCUGCAUUUAUUAAGCGUAUGGCACGUUUAUCAUUAACUGCACCACCAGCAGCUACUGUCAUUAUUAUUCCAUUCAUUUAUAACUUAUUAAAACGACAUCCUACUUGUAUGGUUAUGAUUCAUAGUAAUAAGGCAGUUAGUGAAGCUGAAGAUCCAUUUAGUAUGGAUCAGUUGAAUCCAUAUGAAUCUAAAGCUAUCGAUUCUUCCUUAUGGGAAGUUCAAACAUUAAGUCAACAUUAUUAUGCAAACGUAUCCACAUUAGCAAAGAUCUUUAGCGAACAAUUUUUGAAACCUAAAUAUAAUCUUGAAGAUUUCUUGGAUCACACGUAUGCAACUGUAAGUUAUUAUAUUAGUGUCAAGUCAGAAUUACUCAUUUUUUCUUUCUCUCUCUCUUUAUUAUAGUUCUUUACUACGGAAAUUGAUCGUAAGAGAAAGAA